AUGUCUGCGCUGCCAGAAGAGGUCAAUAACACUUUAAUCAAGGUUCUUCAUGGCUUUGCAUCUGCCGACAAUGAGACGCGUGCUGCAGCUGAGAAGACUUUGAACCAAGAUUGGAUCACUGCAACUAAUAUUGAAGUGCUUUUGAUUUUUUUCUCCGAGCAAGCCUCUUUUUCUCAGGAUCUGACUUCUGCUGCCCUUUCAGCCGUUCUGUUCAGGAAAUUGGCGCUAAGAGCCCCUCCAUCGUCCAAGACUGUCAUCAUCGCUAAGAAUAUCACACAGAUUAGUUCAAAUGGUCUCAACCAAAUAAGAGCCACUUUACUGAAGGGCUUCGUGUCGGAAAGGCCUGGAAAUAUAAGACACAAGCUCUCCGAUGCAAUAGCGGAGUGUGCACAGGAGGAUCUCCCAGAAUGGCCUGAAUUGUUGCAAACCCUCAUCGAGGCGCUCAAAAACGAGGACCCAAACUUCAGGGAAUCAAGCUUCAGAAUCCUCUCGAUCGUGCCACAUCUGAUCAACAGCGUUGAUGUGAUGAACAUUUUACCUAUAUUCGAAGCCGGGUUUACUGAUUCUAACGAUGACGUCAAAAUUGCUGCCGUUACUGCAUUUGUUGGUUACUUCAAGCAGCUACCGAAGGCGCAUUGGUCUAAGAUAGGCGUUCUUCUGCCCAGUCUGCUCAACAGUUUACCUAAAUUUCUCGACGACGGGAAAGACGAUGCUUUGGCAUCUGUUUUUGAAUCACUGAUCGAAUUGGUCGAACUCGCUCCAAAACUCUUUAAAGACAUGUUUGACCAAUUAAUUCAAUUUGCCAGCAUAGUCAUCAAGUUGACAGAUCUUGAAACACCAGCCAGAACGACAGCCUUAGAGCUACUCACUGUCUUCAGUGAAAACUCCCCUCAAAUGUGCAAAUCAAAUCCAAACUAUGCACAGUCCAUGAUCGUGGCCACUCUCCUCAUGAUGACGGAGGUAUCAAUCGACGAUGAUGACGCGACCGAUUGGAGAGAAUCGGACGACGCUGAAGAUGAGGAAGAAGAGGUUGCAUAUGAUCACGCACGUCAAGCUCUUGAUCGUAUCUCUCUGAAAUUAGGAGGAAAGUACUUGGCAGCUCCACUUUUCCAAUACUUGCAAGAAAUGAUCUCUUCUUCUCAAUGGAGAGAACGCUUUGGUGCUCUGAUGGCCCUCUCAUCAGCAGCCGAAGGAUGCCGCGAUGUUUUGAUAGGCGAGAUCCCAAAAAUUUUGGAUAUGGUUUUACCUUUGAUUAACGAUCCUCAUCCAAGGGUCCAAUAUGGAUGCUGCAACGUCCUGGGACAGAUUUCGACAGAUUUCGCCCCACUGAUUCAGAGGACCUCCCAUGACACAAUCCUACCUGCAUUGAUCUCCAAAUUAACGAAUGAAUCGAUCGAUAGGGUCCAAACGCAUGCCGCAGCAGCUUUGGUCAAUUUUUCAGAGCAUGCAAAUCAAGCGAUUUUAGAGCCAUACUUGGACAGUCUUUUAACGAACUUACUGACUUUACUACAGAGCAGCAAGCUAUAUGUGCAAGAGCAGGCGCUAACCACUAUUGCUUUCAUUGCCGAAGCUGCGGAGAAGAAAUUCAUCAAAUAUUACGAUACACUGAUGCCACAGCUAAUAAACGUUUUGAAAAUGGAUGUCGAUGGAGCCAACCGGGUUUUAAAGGGAAAGUGCAUUGAAUGCGCAACUCUCAUUGCACUAGCUGUGGGAAAAGAGAAAUUUUCUGAGCAUUCGCAAGAAUUAGUCAACUUGCUCAUACUAUACCAAAAUAAUGGUAUCCAAGAUGAUGAUCCUAUCAAAACAUACCUGGAGCAUGGCUGGAGUAGGAUAUGCAGAAUUUUAAGAGAAGAUUUCGUUCCUCUACUUCCAAUUGUGCUCCCCCCAUUAAUCGAAACGGCCAAAGCAACACAGGAUGUAAGCUUAAUCGAGGAGGAAGAAGCCGCUAAUUUCCAACAGUAUGUUGAUUGGGAUGUAGUGCAGAUCCAAGGUAAGCAUAUUGCUAUACACACAUCCAUACUUGACGACAAGGUUUCAGCUAUGGAACUGCUGCAAGUUUAUAGCACUGUACUCAAGAGCCAAUUUGCUGGAUUUGUCAGUGAAAUUAUGAAUGACAUAGCAAUUCCUUCCAUCGAUUUUUACCUUCACGACGGUGUGCGAGCAACAGGUGCGGGCUUAAUACCAGUUUUAUUGUCUUGCUUGAUCUCAGCGGUUGGGUUACAGAAUGAUGAGGUACAACAACUCUGGUUAUCAGCUUCCUCGAAACUAAUAUCUGGGAUUAUGUCGGAGCCAAUGGCAGAAAUCACACAGAUAUAUCAUUCAGCAUUGGUAGAUGCAAUCAAUACGAUGGGUGAAGGAUGUUUGACGGAGGAAGCACAGGAGAGGUUCACUAAGGGAGUUUCUGCUAAUUUAACAGACGUGUUCGAACGUGUUAGACAGCGCCACACAGAAGAUGAUGAAUAUAACGAGGAAGUGGAUCAAGAAUAUGAAGACUUUACUGACGAGGACCUCUUGGAUGAGAUUAAUAAGUCUAUUGGAGCCUUUUUCAAAUCCACCAAGGGCCAGUAUUUGUCUCAUUUCCGAAGUUUGUGGCCCAUAGUUUCCACCUAUCUCCAAGACACUGAGAUUGUACUAACUCUUUUCGCUUUAGUUGCCAUUGGCGAUAUGAUUCAAUACAGUGGCGAAAAUGCCGCUGUUUAUAAAGAUGAAAUUGUAACCAAACUAUCAACCUACUUGAUUUCUCCAGAACCAAGUAUUCGCCAAGCCGCAGCCUAUACAAUUGGUGUUUGCGCCCAGUAUGCUCCCUCCACGUAUGGUGACUUUUGUGUAUCCUCUCUAGAGGUUCUAUUCCAGGUGAUCGGCAUUCCAGACGCCAAGUCUGACGAAAACCAAACAGCCACUGAAAAUGCAAGUGCUGCCAUAGCGAAAAUAUUGCACUCUUUUGGCAGCAACAUUCCUGAUGUGAAUAGAUACGUUGAAAACUGGCUGCAAAGUCUUCCUAUAGUUGUCGAUGACGAAGCUGCAGCUUUCGCUUACAAGUUUUUGAACCACCUGAUUGAUAUCCAGUCGCCUGCGGUAACAGGCUCUCCAAACAUCCCCAAACUGGUUGGCAGUGUCGUACAAGCAUUGCAGCAUAAAUCCAUCUCGGGAAAAAAUGCUGCGGCUGUUGUCGAGUCAACAAAAAGAUUACUAGGAACUUUACCUCAAGAAGAGGCAAUGGGUAUCUUCCAGAACUAUCCUCCCGAUCUGAUGCAAACUGUUCAGGCUUGGUUCUCUUAA